AUGGUUAAGGAUCCACUUAUGGAUAGUGGAAGGCGGUAUCUUACUGUAAGAACAAGGAAGGGACGAGAUUGCGGCUCUUUUGGCGAUAGCGUCAGCUGCCUCGUUCCCCUCCACCCCAGAGUGGCCACGGACCCAGUUAAGGGUGAUGCGAUUGUGGUGGCUAUUUCUGAUAAGCAUUUUCUGAAUGGUGGGAACCAGUCUUCAUUGAUGUGGUGGAGUGCCUUGGUGAUAGAGAUGGCCUCCAAUUUUGAUUCUUUUGAAUGGGAUUACUCCUGCAGUAGUAUUUCGUUAAAGGAAAGCAGAAGGGGGGAGAGUAUAGAAAGCAUUAAAUGGAGGAGGACUGCAUCUGGACAUUGGACUAGAGCCGCGUCCUCCUCUUUUGAAUCUUCUGUUCCUCGUAGAUUCGACUCGAUUAUUUCCGAUUUUCAUUCCAGUAGAUCUGACAAUUUGGACGAAGAUGUACGCAAUAUUCCUUUGCGGUAUUCAGAAAGCGAUUCUCUUAGCAAUACUGAUUACGAGUACGAAGACGUAGGCGAUCAUACGAAAUCAAAAACGUUUUCUGAAAAUCACGACGUUGAUCAAAAACUUCGUAGGGAUAAUUAUUUAGGAAAUACUCAAAACUGCAAGAAUAAAUUUUUAAGCCAAAUUCACAACGGAUCACAGAAACAAGAGCCAUUGCCUCUCGGCGAUAAAGAAUCUUUGGUAACUCUCCGCCCUGAAGCAUCUUUGACUAAUUUGAAGCAAGUUCAAAAAUGUUUUUCUAGAGCACAAGAAAAACGUGAUUCCGAUUCAGAAAUUUCAAAAGUGCGAGCAUCAAAACGAAUUGAAUCGGAGACAAAGACAAUAGCGAAGAGUCAUUUGAAUGCUCCUCGUCCAGAAUUUACAAAAACUCAAAUUUCUUCUGUUAGUAAAACUCGACAGAAAAAUUCGGUAGGAAGAAAUAAGAAAAUUUAUCGCAAACGCAGAUAUAAACGUUAUCCAAAAUCCGUAUUGACUGAUGAAUCUUCCCCAUCACCGAUACGUAAGAAAGGAGAACGAAUUUCAAAGCCCCGUAAACAAUUACCAUCGGUCGAUCAAAGUGAAAAUUUGAAGCUGUACGAAUUAACACAAUCGUGAGGAAAGAAAAUGAAUGACGAAGAUUAUAAAGCUAUUAAAAUAUACUUAAGAAAUGAAUCAAAACAGAUUAAUGAAAUUAUAUACAAUUUGUUUUUCUUCGUAAUUAAAAACAUUUUCA